AUGAACACGCUCAAUCUUCUCCUAGGGCUUGCUGAUGUGACUUCUGUUUUAUUCGCCUCCUUCUUCCGCAUUAGUAGCGGAAUCGGUGGCAUAGGCCCACAGCUCAAGCCACUGAUUCAAGCUGCUGCCAUAUUUGCGUGCUGGUCUUUUGUUGCUCAUAUGCUUGGAAACAUGCUCAUCGCAAUCAAUCGAUACUCUGCACUUCGCCUGAAUAAGAAUUACGAGAAGGUUUGGAAAAGAAGAAAUGUACGUCUUAUAAUAGGACUGCAAUAUGGCUGUGCCUUUGCAGCUUUCAUCCCAUUAUUUAACGCAGAAUACAUAUUUAUGCAGAAUGAUGAUGGAACCUACACGUAUGUGGGCAUUGACAAAAGUAGCAGUCUG